AUGACUGGUCAUGUGAUCGGUCUCAACCUUGGUUCGGGUGGGCUUCAAGGCAAUAUCCAUUCCAAUAGCAGCUUAUUCUCCCUCGGCCAUCUCAAGAGGCUAGACCUCUCUGAAAAUGAUUUCAGAGGUUCCCCAAUUCCAUCCAAAUUUGGUGGCUUUGUAAGUAUGACUCACCUUGACCUCUCUUACUCCAAUUUCAGUGGCCCAAUCCCUUCCGAAAUUCCCCACCUUUCCACCUUGGUUUCACUCAAUCUUUCGCAAUAUUCAUUUCCAGUUGUGCCACAUGUUGAUACUCUUACUUUUAACAGAAUUGUUCAAAACCUAACCAAUCUUAGGGAGCUUGUUCUAAACGAAGUUGAUAUGUCAUCAGUUGUACCUAAUUCAUUCAAAAAUCUGUCUUCUUCUUUGAAAACUCUUGAACUCUCUGAUUGCCACUUGCAAGGAAAAUUCCCAGAAAGCAUUUUCCACCGACCAAAUCUUCGACUCUUAUAUUUAGGCAACAACUAUAACCUCACAGGUUAUUUCCCCGAGUCUAACUGGAGCAGUCCCCUUGAGAUGCUGGAUCUUUCUUAUACAAGAAUCUUAGUAGAUUGGCAUCAUCUGACAAGAAAUUUCAAGUCUUUGAGAGAUUUGUAUCUCAACAAUUGCAGUUUUGUAGGAUCAUAUCCUGCAUUUCUUGGUAACCUCACACAAAUCAUGCGGUUGGACCUCUCGUCUAACAGUUUUGGUGGCCAAAUCCCAUGGUCGUUCUUUUUAAACCUUGAGAGCCUUGUUUCCUUAAAUCUCGGUGGCAAUAACUAUGUCGGGCUUUAUUUAAGGAAUAACAAGCUGGAUGGCCAGAUUCCAAGAUCAAUCUUUGAACUUGAGAAUCUUCAUUACCUUGAUCUAUCAUCCAACCAACUCAGCGGUAAUAUCAUUGAGUUCCAAUCUCGUUCUUUGUCAAGGCUUGGUUUAAGUGAUAACAAGCUGGAUGGCCAGAUUCCAAGAUCAAUCUUUGAACUUGAGAAGGUUACGGAUCUUGAUCUAUCAUCCAAUAACUUGAGUGGCACUGUGGAGUUUGAAAAGUUUUCCAAACUCCAAAGUCUCAUGUGGCUUAAUCUUUCCUUUAAUCAUCUAUCCUUGAGCUUCAACCAUUUGAGAAACAACACCUGGCCUCAACUUCAGUUACUAGAUUUGUCGUCUUGUAACAUAAGUGAGUUCCCAUACUUUCUAAGGGCCGCACCAAAUUUGCACACGUUAUCCCUUUCCCACAACCGAAUCCAAGCCAACAUUCCCAAAUGGUUGUUGGAUUUGGGGAAAGAUUCAUUGGGUUAUUUGGAUCUUUCUCACAACUCUUUGACUGGCACUGUAGGACCGCUUCGGUGGAAAAAUCUUUACUAUCUUGACCUUCGCAACAAUUCUCUCCAAGGAGAGCUUCCAAUUCCAUCACCUUCCACAUCUUACUUUUUCAUAUCAAAUAAUCAAUUCACUGGAGAGAUACCUCCAAGGAUCUGCAGCCUGAGUAGCCUUCAAAUCCUUGAUUUGUCUAAUAAUAAAUUGAGUGGCAAAAUUCAUCAAUGCAUAGGGAAUUUCAGUCAGAGCCUCUCUGUUUUGAAUCUACGGAAUAAUAAAUUUCAUGGCGUGAUUCCUGGCACAUUUUCUAAGGGAAACGUUUUGAGAAAUCUUGAUCUUAAUGGAAAUCAGUUGGAAGGGUCGUUGCCGCAAUCUUUGCUCACAUGUAGAGAGUUGGAAGUUCUAGACCUUGGAAACAACAAAAUUCAAGACACAUUCCCAAAUUGGCUGGAAUCUCUUCCGAAGUUGCAGGAUACUGUGGUUGUGACAAUUAAAGGCUUCGAAAUUGAAAUGAAGAAGAUCCUGACGUACUUCACAAUUAUUGAUUUCUCAAACAACACUUUUAGAGGAGAGAUUUCAAGUGUAAUUAGUAAGCUUAAAUCAUUGAAGGGGCUUAACUUUUCUCAUAAUGAGCUUACAGGUACAAUUCCACCAUCAUUUGGCGAAAUGAGCAAUCUUGAAUGGUUAGAUCUGUCUUCAAACAAACUUGUUGGGGAUAUUCCGGAGCAACUGGCAAAUUAG